AGUGCAAGAAAUAAUAACUCCAAAUAUUAAGUAAUGCACGGUCUUCCAUCGCAUCGGGCCCAUGCCUGCGGUAUAUGCAUCCAUCCCCGUCAUAUGCUAUGAUAUUUUAUUGGUUGUUCUCGCCAUCACCGUCCUCGGGAAGCACCUGAAAGAACGAAAGGAACUUAAAAUGAAGCCUAACACCUACGUAGUAAUGAUCGUCCGAUAUCAUGUCAUAUACUUUGUCCUGCAUGCAGACGGCGGUGCUGAAUCUCGUACUAUUGUUCAAGAAUACCGCGCCACUGAUUAUCGCGCCACGUCUUAUUAUCAGCAUCUGGGAUACGCAUGCCAACGACAACUGCGUACAUUCAACGCACCAUCUCUGUCAACACUCUUGAGCACUAUGUAUCCGAGCCCCUAUCGACUAAUGGCCUCUGCUGUACUCUCAGGCUCGUCAGGAUCCAGUGGAGGUAGGGCACGGGAGUAG